UCCCGGCUCUCGCUCGCUCGCUCCCCCCCGCUUUCCUUUUAGCUUUUGUAAGUUACACGUCAAAAUGGCCGAUCUGACAUCGGUGCUCACUUCUGUUAUGUUUUCUCCCUCUAGUAAAAUGUUUAUCGGUGGACUGAGCUGGCAGACCUCACCAGAUAGCCUUAGAGACUAUUUUAGCAAAUUUGGAGAAAUUAGAGAAUGUAUGGUCAUGAGAGAUCCCACUACGAAACGCUCCAGAGGCUUCGGUUUCGUCACGUUCGCAGACCCAGCAAGUGUAGAUAAAGUAUUAGGUCAGCCCCACCAUGAGUUAGAUUCCAAGACGAUUGACCCCAAAGUUGCAUUUCCUCGUCGGGCGCAACCCAAGAUGGUCACAAGAACAAAGAAAAUAUUUGUAGGCGGAUUAUCCGCAAACACGGUGGUGGAAGAUGUGAAGCAGUACUUCGAGCAGUUCGGCAAGGUGGAGGACGCAAUGCUGAUGUUUGAUAAGACGACCAACAGGCACAGAGGGUUUGGCUUUGUCACGUUUGAGAAUGAAGAUGUUGUGGAGAAAGUCUGUGAGAUUCAUUUCCAUGAAAUCAAUAAUAAAAUGGUAAGUUUGUAGGGGCCGCGCUGCCAUGCAUGCCAUGCCUCCCCUCCCCCCAGUGUGCACAGCUUUGUCUUACAGGCUUCCAUGCCCCGCGUCCGCACACGAGAAGGGGGCAGGGUGGGCACGGGGGCGAGACUCGAAGGGUUCGGCCCUGUGGACGGCAAGAGUUGACGGCCUUUGACAGACUUUCAGGGAAAGGCCGGGUCGUAAAUAUUCUCAGCUUUGCACGCCAUGCAGCUGAGGGUCCCGGCCUCUCAGUGCCCCGGGGGAGGCACAAAUUCCUGCAUGAAUCCGGCUGUGGUUCCAUAAAGCUGUGCUUACGGAUGCUGAUACUGAAAUCUCCUGUAAUUCUCAUGUCACAAAAUAUAUAUGUAUGUAUUUAUAUUUCUACCAUUUAAAAGUACAGAGCCCAUUCUUGACUCUUGGGCUGUAUGUACAAAAGCCGGCAGGGGGACCACAUUUGGCCUCUGUGUUACAAUUUGCUGACCUGCAACUUAGGUUACGUGUUUGCUGUUUGGCUUGGCUUUUUGAGGGCUAGCUCCUGGGUAGGAAAUUUACCACCCAAAUUCAUUCUCCAUUUGGGCCCUGCUGGGUAAUUAACAUUCUGCCCUUCCAAUCAGCUAGCUGGGUUGUACCCUCAUCUUCCAUCCCUCCAUUUGGCUCUUGAAAGCUCCUUUUCCUGGGAAGGCCCCCCUCCACAGGGAGGAGGUGGGAUCCUGGCAAGCUGAGGGAGCCAGGUAGGCCUCCCAGAGAAGUGGCCACCAGAGGGUGCCGUACCAUGAACACAAUGUGCACAUUGGCUUGCUGAAGGUCUGAACUCCAAAUUGAGUGGGGGGGGGGGGAAGCCCUUCCUUGUUGGUUCCAGAAAUAUGGGAGCUCAACGGGUGUUUCUAGAGCCAUCAGCAGGCCCUUUGGGGCCAGAAUAUUUUGGUUGGCCAGCAGAGCCUCCAGCCCCAAGAGAAGAGGCAGGGCAAAUUUGUGUUUCAAUUAUAGCUGUAACUUUGGUAUUUUCUCCCUUUAGUCAAAACAUUCCUGGCUUCUGAAACAUGCGUUCAGAUGUGCAUUGUACAUUGGUCUGAUACGUGUUCACUGACUUUAAAUUCAAUAAUAGAGCUUUUAGUGGGGAUAAGAUCAAAGCAGUCUGGUUAGCAUGUGCUGCUACAGGCCUGAUUCAAUAUUUGACUUGCUAAUUUUUUCCCAGGGCACCAAAAUAAUAUUGUUCAUAUUGUUCUUAACCAUCAUAUGCAUCUGAAAUGAAAAUGCUGUUUCUUUGCAUAGUGUAGGUUGGAGGUGUCAGCUUAGGCAUUAAAGUGGUACAGGGGAGAUAAGUGUGUAGGAAUAACACAGGACCCCUUCAUUGGCCUUCUCUGCAUUGUCCACCAUCCCCUGUCUUCCCCAACUCCAACUUCCAGUUGGUGGUUCUCUCUUUUGGUAGAUUGCUACUUGCUAUUUUGAAACUAGAGAGACGGGGGGCUUAAAUGGAAAUGUAACCACGGUGCCCGGAGGCCUCGUUUCUCCUAGCCAGGCAUGCUGCUCACAGGCUCCACUGACGGCUGCCUGGGCAGCGGAGAGUGAAAGAGGCAUCGAGAGCACUGGCAGACACCAUUCCUGUCCUGCCAGCGCUUAACGGUUCAUCAGGAAGGCCCAGUGUAGACGGGCCAGACACUGUGCUGUGUGCUGCCUCGAAUGCAUACGUGAGGCCCUUCGCUACAGACUGGCUCUGACACAAGCCUGAAGCACAAGUGAGAAAGAGCUUUAUUCUCCUCAGUGGUCUGGUGGGGAAACUGAGGCCCCGGGGGAAUCUGCCCCAGCGCUCCCUAGGCAGUAAAGGAACCUAGGUCUUGAGCUAUCCCGCUGCCAGAUGAACAACACAGACAGGUGUUUUAAGCUUAGGAGUGUGAGGGUGAAUCCCCAGAUGACAUAGGGUGAUCAUCAGAAGGUGGAGUUCCAGCCCCAGAAAGAUGAUAACCCAUGCAUGGGCCGGCUGGAAGCCAGAGAGGUUUGUGCUUGUGGUCUCAAGUCAUUUCACAGUUGUCACCUGCUUUUCCACCCAGCUGGAGGCUGAUGGGUGCGUGCAGGUAACUGUGUUCAUAGUGGCAGGGCUUCUGAUUUCUUUUGAAUCUGGCUGGUAUGCGUUCUUUGAGGGUAUAGCAUAAAUGGAAGUAGACAAGAGGAAGGGGUGCAUGGAGUGGUGAAGCUCACACACAGGCUUUGGAGCUGUCUCUGCACAUGCCCAGCCCUGACCCACCAGUCACCAGCUCUAAAGGGGAAAUUCCAGGUACUGGAAGAGGCCACUGGAAGGGCACCAGGCCUCGCCGAGCUCCAGGAUGACGGAGCUCUUGAUUACCACCUGGUGGGGUCUCUGGGCCUCGGGGAGGUACCAGCAGCAAAGGCCAAACCUUGGUAACCAUGAGCUUGAUAACCGGGAGCCCUUGCCAUCGGCCGUGUCGUCGUCCCGGAAAGGACCUCUCCAGCAAGGCGUCCUCCUCUGAAGAAGCCUGAAUUGUUGAGGAUUCUUGUGAUACUGGUUUCUACUCCUGAGGCCCACAGAAAAGGAAAUGGAUUUACACUGUACUAUGGACAGAAUUCAAAUGAAGGAUUGCAAAGACUCUGAGAACGCAGAGACUGCCAAGCAGAAACCCGGCCGGUUGUUAGGUCUGUAGGAGUGUUUUGUAAACUGGACUGCUUGCGAAGCUGUAAAGGCCCAUCUCCUGGAAGCUUGGCAGUCUGCGCGAAUUCUGCAGGGACAGAUUACCGCGCCGCCCCCGGAGUGUGCCUGGAGCGACCAUUUUCUCGUAUUCACAGAUAAGAAAGGUCUCACCGCUGAUGAGUCACGAAGAUAGGACUUGAAUCCAAAUCUUCUCCGUUUUAAUCCAGUACUCCUCUGGCUGGCACUCCGUGGGCCCUGGAUAAGUAAUUGUGGAAUGAAUAAAGGAUUACAUGAGGGACCACGUGACAGGGAGGCUCAUCAUAAUUCCCAAAGCCAUUUCCCAUCUAAUUUGGUUGGUGAAUCUCUUGGGCAUUAAAAAAAAAACAAAUGACGGCCCUUCCCAGGCAUCCGAGAGAGCCCGCAGCAGACACAAGCCCUUCUUCCUGCUGGGGCUCAGGGUAGCUGCCGUCGGACAGCUGGGAUCACAGCAGCCCUGCCCCCAUUCCCAUACAGACCCUGCCUUAAGGAAGGCCCCUCUGUGGUGGUGGCGGCAGGGGGGAGGACCACACAGGACCCCCAUGGCACCCUCCUACAGCGAUCCCACGAAUAGCUCACAUUUUUCAGUGCCAGCUACAUACUCUGCUGAGAGCUCACUUUAUGCAUCUCUUCUCUUCUAUAACACACACUCUGAUGUAGUCACUGAUUAGUGUCCCCCAUUUUCCUGAUAAGCAAGUGAGGCAAAGAGAGAAGUUAAGCAAUUUGCCCAGGGCCAAACACCCAGCAAGAAGCAGUGCGAGAGUUCAAGCCCAGAAAGCUGAAGUCCAGAGCUCAGGUUUGUACCCAGGAAGCCAGCACCCUCUCCAAGCUGAAAGGUACUUGAAAGGUCAUCUCACUGGGCCACAGCCUUCUAAGACCGCUGACCGUCCCUCCCAGUCAUAUGUGUUGUGGCCCACGGGACUCCCGUGUUCUCCUAAGAGAAGGGCAGAGGAGAUGGGCUCACUCGGGGCAAAGGGCCAAGCUUGGGCAUAAGGAGUCCCCGUUGGCCUCUUCCCCUACCGCCCCAGAGGCAGGUGAGCCACAGGUAUGGGGGGCAGCUGGCCGCCACCUGAGCUUGGGGCCCCAGCCAAGAGAGCCAGGACCCAGCCCCUUCCCCCAUCUUGGUGCGGGUCAGAGUGAAGCACAAACGUGGCUCCUUAUCAAUAAACACACAGAAAUGCACCUGCAGCCACCUGGUGACUCUCCAGAGACGGCCUCCUCUCUGGCCAGUCUGCGAGGUGCAGUGUGGACACAGCCAGUGGCACCCCCGCCGCGUGGCCCUGAUUGAAGCAGCCCCAGCAGCAGGGAUGCUGGCCUGAUGAGCCACCAGCCCGCGCGGUCUUCCGCCAGCUGAAGCUUGCAGCCCGGGGAGGGAGGCGGGGACUGACACGGACCUGCUCCCGGCUUCCUCCCAGGCCCGGCUCCGUCCCCACCUCCAACAGAGUUGGGAGAGCCUCGCUGGUGGAGAACGUGGGGUACGAUCUGAGGGGUGCCCAAACAAGGGCACCACUUCAGACCCCUGAUUCAACAGCAGGACGUUGGCCUUUACCAGGCACUGUAACGGCACUUUUUAUGUGCAUGCAGUCAUCGUACCGUUUUACAGAGCAGGCUCUCGAGCUCAGAGCAGUGAAGGGACUUCCACAGUCCGCAGUGCUAAGUGGCAGAGCUGGGAUUUGAACCGGUGGUGGUCUGGCUCCAACCCAGUGUUCUUCCCACUAUACCCUGCUGCCAACUUAGGUAAAACCUCGUUAAUUGAAAAAAUCUGGGUGCGUUUGACUGAUGAAGAUAGUAGAGUUUUUACUUGCUUUGUGCAAGGUUUUCCAUAGGAUUCCUUUAAACAGUCCUUUUCCUUGUUCCGUUGAGGUGAUCUGAUUUUUUAAAUUUGCUGAGCAUUUUGCAAGCUCGUUGGGAAUGCAGAGUCUCGGGCCCCACCCCCAGAGCUAGUGAAUCAGAAUCUGCAUUUUGACAAGUCCCUAGUGGUACGUGUGCACAUUUAAAUCUGAGAAGCCCCAGGCAAGGAUCACUGCUAAUGAGAGAGAGUGUGGAAGCUGUGAGUCGGUCAUAAAUCAUCAGUUGUCAGAAGGAAGGGACCCAGAGUGAGGACUAAGGCCCCAGGAGCAUGGAGCUGAAUGAGCCAGCCUUGCAUGGGAUCCCCAGGCCGGUCUGCUGCUGUCAGCACCCCCCACACUCCCUUUGUGUGUAUGACACCAGGACUUCCCCCCCCCCCCGCC